UGCGCUGGAGGGCUGCAAUGGAAAGGCUGACAGCAGGCUGGAGGUGAGGGAGAGCAGUGACCAUGCCAUGAACAGCCGCUCUGUGCUGACCGUACUCCUUGCACUGCGCCAGACCGUGCGCUGAAGGCUCUCCUUCCGCAGACGCAAUCCUGGCUGCGAGAUGUUGCCCUGGAAAAAAAACAAAUUCGACCUGAUUGAGGAGGACAGCAAGCAGAGCAAGCAGAAGGGCUAUGCGGUGAGCCUCAACUACAGCGCCCUCACCUCCUUCGCCAAGUCCUGCCCGGAGGGGGCCCUCACCCGGGUGGGCAGCAUGUUUAAGUCCAAAAGAAAGAAGAUCAAAAUCACCGGGGAGGACCCCACCUACACCGUGCUGUACCUGGGCAAUGCCACCACUCUGCAGUCCAAGGGAGAGGGCUGCACGGAGCUGGCGGUGUGCAAGAUCUGGAGCAAGAGCGAGAUGGGCAAGCACGGCACCAAGAUGAAGCUGACGGUCAGCUCCCAGGGCAUCCGCAUGGUGCAUGUGGAGGACAAAGCCAAGCGCCCCGGGCACCUGUACCUGCUGCACCGGGUCACCUACUGCGUGGCAGAUCCCCGCCUGCCCAAGAUCUUCGCCUGGAUCUACCGGCAUGAGAUGAAGCACAAGGCGGUGAUGCUGCGCUGCCACGCCGUGCUGGUGUCCAAGCCGGAGAAGGCGAAAGCCAUGGCACUGCUCCUGUACCAGACCUCCGCCAACGCCCUGGCAGAGUUCAAGAGGCUGAAGCGGCGAGAGGACGCCCGGCACCAGCAGCAGCAGCUGAUCGGGGAGCAGAGCAUCCCUCUGGUCCCCUUGAGGAAACUGUUGAACGGCCAGUGCUGCUACAAACCCCCGGUGGAGAGAAGCCGCAGCGCCCCCAAGCUCGGCUCCAUCACCGAGGACCUGCGGGGAGAGGAGGAGGAAGAGAGAGCUAUGAGCUUCGAGUGCGAGGACGUGCUGGAUACCGGGGGAGGGGGCGAUGGCGGCGGCGAGGAGGAGGUCAAGCAAGAACUGUCUCAGCUGAUCAGUGACCUGGGGGAGAUGAGCCUAGGGAAUGACCUGCAGACUCUGAGGGCGGACCUCAGGGUGACCAGGCUUCUGUCCGGGGAGAGCACCGGCAGCGAGUCCUCUAUAGAGAGCAACCACGAGAACGGACCCAUAGUCAAUGGCUUCGAGGAAUGCAGGGAGCCUGAGACUGUCUGACGAAGGGGGAACACAGAGCAUGGGGGGAGGAGAGGAGGGGGGGGGGGGAGGCACAUGCAGGCUGCUGAUGAUCACCCAUGGGCUCACUCAGCCGAGGUGAUGCGGGGUGACGGCACCCUCUUCUCCCCAGGAGUAGGUGCAUGGCUCAGAGAGACCUUCCGACUCGGCUCCGCUAUGAAGUCAUGCCUUUACCAACCUCUUCCUCUUGCAUAAAUGAUUUGCUUACACUGAAGGAUUAAUAAACCGCAUAUCUCUGAAUGCAGCAUUUGAUUUGCAUAAUCUUGUGGCACUAAUGGGGUUAAUACAUACAGAUGAUAAAUGACCUAUUGUGUCAUUUUCCCACUGUCUCAAUAUCUGCUAAGCUUAUUUCUGACAUGGAUGAUUGUUUUAUAGCACUUGUCAGCAUGAUAUUGAUGCAUACAUUCUUCUCAUCAGUGCCACAACAUAUGCUAAUGCUGGGCCAUUUACUCCUCCAAGUUGUGCACUCUGUUAAUCAUUAUGUGGGUUUUUCACAAGUCCUCUUUUUUCUAUUGUCAGAGUGCAUCAUUUAAUGAUGGGAAUAAUGAAAGCCAGUAGACAAAGGAAUAACACAUGCAUUCAUCAAGCAAGGAUUCUGCUAUCGGGAUGGACAUUUCACCCCAGAAAUCCAGUUAUAAUGGAAGUGUGGAGUACCAAUGUGAAAUAAUGUUUUAGGGACAUUUGCAAUGCCUCUCACCUUCCAGCAGUGUAUUGGUUCAAGCCCACCUGGAGCACAGUGGAACGUUCAUGGUAUACUCUAUGUAGUAAGCACUUUGUGGCCAGAUGUAAGAUCCUAGGCUUCUAGCACCUUCAGAUCAGUAUUACCUGUAUGUAGCAUUUCCUACACUUGCUGUAUUUAAUCAUGGCUGCAAAAUGAUUCCACAGAUCAAAGAAACCAGAAUUUAACAGAUUGCAUUUUGGGCCAUAACAUUUUUGUGAAUUACAAGUACUUUAUAGUAGUGCUAGAACCUCUGGCAGCAAUUGGUUCAAUAUUAGUGCAUCUGCAAAAUCUUUGCCUUCAUUGGCGCUGCUGCUAAACUGUAAAACACAGGGGGUGUUGGUAUAGUUUGUGUUAGUCCAGGGAUGGUCCUCUGCCGACACUUCAGCUCUUCUGACACCCUGCCUUAGAAAAUAAAGUUUAAACCAGAUGGGUAUAAUGCAGCAACUUCUUACCCUUCAUAUUCCUAAAGUCACUAAUCUAGGACAAAUGCAACUCCAGCAUAUUUCAAGCCAUCUCCUCCCUGCUGCUGUCUGUUCAGAAUGAGAUUUCUAGUCUGAUGGUCAUUAUUGCAUGAGCAGAGCCAAAAUGGAAAAAGUGCAAUCCUGGGAUGUCUAGCGGCCGUGCACAAUGUAAGACAUACCCGUUCCCAUUUCCUGUUUAUUAUGCUCUUGGCUCAUUAUUCUGCACCUGUAAUUGUGGUGGCGUCAGACACAGGCAGGUGAAGUAUUGCUAAUCUGCUCUUACACCAGGUACCCUAACUUAUAGCAGGACAUUAGUCUGAGCCAUCUCUGUAGCCAUAGCACCGUCAGUCAAUGCAGCAGAACUUGUAUUGGCAGUGCCAAUGGGUAAAUGGUUGUAGUUUCCAUACACUGCCCCAUCACCAAUUUUCUUUGAUGUAAUAUUGGUGGCUCACACCAUGAAAGGCCUGUUUUUUAUUUUAUGUCCAAUAUCUGCAGGUUGUGUAUUUGUAAUUCUAUAUGGUAGAACGUAUUACAUACAAGAAAAACAUCCAAAAUAGGUUCUACAUGAUUUAGCAUAAGAGGAUGACUUUACUGUUAUUACUUAGAAGUGUGUGCUAGCUGACAAUGUAUAUACUGCUGUGUGGGAAUACAUUGGCAAUGUGUAAUGGUUGACACAAUGAAACAUGAUUAAAUCUAGUCUCUGAUCUCCAUAUCUACAGUUUGUACUACAAUUACUGGUUAAUUAUAGGACAUUCUUUGUAUUGUGGGAGUUACAAGAUCAACAGGAGGUAGAAAUUGCUAUGUAGCAAUACAUCCGCAGUCUAAGCAAUGUAUUCUUAUUGCUCCUGCAGCAAAAGGAAUAUUGUCUUGGUUCUGUUUAAGUUUCACCCUUAUCUGCCAGUUUGGGGAAUUUGUGUUAUACCUCAGAUGCUGACCAUCCACCCUCCAAAGCUCCACACACAAAUACUGCAGCAGAACUGGUGCACCUAUGUUUACACAUUUUUUUUUUUUCCCCCCCUUUAAAAACUGCCCACUGGGAUGCUUCCAGUUUUAAUUACAUUACAUUCCAUGAUGGUUUUUGUAAUACUUGCACUGUUGUGAAGUACUUUGCCAGUGUUUCAUACAUGUAAAUAUAUAUAUUUUGUACAUAAUGGUCACAUAAUUAUAAAUGUUAUCUUUGCUGUGCAAAAGACAAAUAUGUUCACUUGUACAUACUUUCUGUAUAUAUAAUUUUUUUUUUUUUAAAGGACAUCACUGUUACGAUGUUUGUUUGCACACCUGGAAAAUAUAAUAAAAGAAACUAAUUUAA